CCAUGCUUCGCUGCCUCCGGCUUCCGCGGGCGGUCGGCGCCGCCACCCGACGCCUGCGCUUCUCGACCAAGGACGAUGCACCCAAGCCCAUACCCACGACCGACGACGAGUGGAAGGCGAAGCUGACGCCGUGGGAAUACCGCGUCUUGCGGCAGAAGGGCACGGAGCCACCGGGCAGCGGGCCCUUGAACAAGCACUUUGAGAAAGGAACGUACGUGUGCGCCGGCUGCCACACGCCCUUGUACUCGUCGGCGCACAAGUUUGACUCGGGCUGCGGGUGGCCUGCGUUCUACGAUGCGCUGCCCAGUGCCAUCUCGUGGGUGCCCGACAGCGACGGCCAGCGAACCGAGAUCGUCUGCGCUGUGUGCCACGGCCACAUGGGUCAUGUCUUUGAGAACGAAGGCUUCCCUACGCCGACGAACCACCGCCACUGCGUCAAUAGCAUCUCGAUCAAGUUCAAGGCGGACGAGACGUGAAGCUACUAAGGUUCACGAGCGCACUAAGACUUAACGAGUGCUUGCAUCACGUUCUGCCG